AUGGUAGACUUGUACAAGAAGCCAAAGAACAUGUUCGUAGGAAUGUACUACAGUAAGGACCACAUGGGCAGGCGGAGAAAUAACAACUACUAUGGGUACAGCAAUAAGUACAGAGGGUACAACUACUACAACAAGCUGCACAAUUAUAGGAAGGGGAACCACUACGAGGCGCAGCAGGGGGUAGUGGCUGAGCAGCAGAGGGAGCAGCAGGGGGAGCAACAGAGGGAGCAGCGGGGGGUAGUGGCUGAGCAGCAGAGGGAGAAGCAAAAGGAGGAGGUUCCCGCAAGUGACCCCGCAAAGGAGGCCAACGGUUCAGGCAAAACAGAAGGCAAAAAGCGCAAAGCAGAAAAGGAAACGGAAAAGGACGAAGUCGGAAGUAGAGACAAGAAAAAGGAAACCAGCAGAAAAAAAUGCAUCAUAAAAAUACUUAAAAGACCAACCGAGGCAGUGAACAACGAGGAAGGAAAGGACAAGAACCCCGUGGGAGGGGAGAAGCGCGCAAUGGAGGAAACGGAGCAGAAAGAGCCUCAGAAGGAGCAGCAAAAAAAGAAGAAAAAGGAGAAAGCAAAAGAAAAUGAGAGGGAAGGCGCCAAAGAUUGCGUCGAACAAAAGAGCAAAAAGAAAAAGGAGGGAGAAGGUAUUACCAGUAAGGCCAAAAAGGUAAAGGACGGAUUCAAAUUUACGUCCACACAGGAACUGUUUAAUUUGCUGCUGAAGGAUGUUAAGAAUAACUCCCUUGAUGAGGAGGACGACGAGGAAGAGAUGGCGAAGCAGGCGAAGAAGAAAAAAGGCGCCACCAAGAGUGGGGAUCCCGCGAAAGGACUCUCAGAAGGUACAAAAAUGGAGAGCGAAAAUGAAAAUGCGAAGAAAAGUACCAAAAGGAGCAUACCAGAUUUGGCAAAGAAAGGUGCGACGAGCGCAAUGGGAGUGAAGGAUACUCAACCCGGCCGUAAUGAUGAUGUGGCUCAGCAGCAUAAUCAGGAAGUGGAAAAAAUCGCCAAGGAAAGUGAACAAGGGAAGAGCAUUAAGGGCAAGGAAGGAAACAACAGCAGUGAUGUACCAAAGAGCGAUAAAAUAAUCGAAGCAGAGGAAAAAUGCUCAAAUUCUGCCAGCAAAAACAGCGCUGCUCAAACGACGAAGACCGCAGGAGCCAAUGCCCAUGUUAAAGAGAGCGCCAUUGCAUUAAAGGGAAAAAAGGGAACUGCCAGCGGAAGCAAUAAGUACAACAACCAUAUGAGCAUCGGAAGCAACAUCAGCAGGGGGAGAAAAAUUAUAAAAAUAAUUAAGAAUGUCGAAAAUGGGAGAUAUUAUUACACAGGGAGCAGAAAGAACCUAGCUGCAGUGGUCGAUGGCUUCGGAGGAGGAGGUGCUGCAGGUCAUUAUGUGAAGUAUGCCACGUCGAAGUAUCCAAAUUUUACAACUAGUUGUAGUUUGCUUAGUCAGGCGUCGAACAUGGAGCUGUACAAGCACAACAGUUUGAAUAGCAGACUGAUCAAUAGCUUGAGGGGUGGCAUGGGUGCCGGCCAAAGGAAUGACGACUGUAGGCGGGCUGGCAAGAAGGAGGAGGAAGAAGGGUUCUUCGCCGUCCCCAUAUAUAUGAGAUCCCCCAAGCCGGAGCAGAUCCCCAUACCGGUGUACCUGUCGGAGGUGGCCGACCAGAUGGGGGCUCAAGAGGGAGCGCAGGAGGGAACGCAGGAAAGAUUGCGAGAGGUGCGAGAGGUGCCGGGUGUGCAAACGGACGUCAAAGCGGCCAUCGAAGCGCCCCCCGAGGCGGCGAACGUGCAGGGUAGGAAAUCCAAAAGCAAGGGCCAAGCCCAAAACGCAAAGGGAGCACCGAACGGAAAUGCACAUAAUAAGGACAGCCAAAACGCUCAAAACUUUACGAAGAAAAACGAACAAAACAACCAUGCCAAUAAACAUAGUUACGAUUUUAUGAACACGGGAAAUGUGAAAAGCAACAAAAUGUACAACAUGUAUUGGAUGCACUCGUCUUAUGUGAAGGGCGCGAACUACAACGGUAGCAAUCUGCACGGGAGCGGGAAAAACUUGAAAAUGGAAAAAUAUUUUCACAACAAGAGGUACAAAGUUAAGGCGUACUUGAGUGACAACAACCAGAAGAGUAAAAAUUUGAACCCCCUCAAGGAGGUGAAGAUUGCUGUGUAUUGA